CCAUGUCCUUUUCAAUAUGCACAUGUUGGUAGUCCGCUUUCUUCUUUUUUCCUUAAGAGUUUUGUACAGAAUAAGGUAGCGUAGCUAGAUUAGCUGUGGCCCCUGAAAUAGUAGCUCAAGAAGCACUCCUUCUUCUCCCGAGUGUGAAAACAGAGUCAUCUAGCUCCCGCCACGUUGACGAUAUACCUAACUGGCUUACUAGUUUGAUUAGCUGGUUAACUUUUACACUCGGGAGAUAGAAGUGCUUUGUUUGCGCAGUUUCAUUUUUCCAGAGAAGGAUUUUGUUUUGUUUUUAAUACCGUGGAAACGGCCUGAAUAAUAUUGGAUGUGAUGUCAAGCUCGCCGCUGUCCAAGAAGCGACGCUUGUCAGGAUCAGAGACGACAGGAUCCCACUGCUCCUCCAACUCAGUCAGAAGCGAACUGUCCCACAUCCCUACCAACGGCAUGGCUAAGAAUGGUAACGAAGCUGAGAUCGAUGAAGGCCUGUACUCUCGGCAGCUCUAUGUACUGGGCCAUGAUGCUAUGAAGCGCAUGCAGAGCUCUAACGUGCUCAUCUCAGGGCUCAGAGGGCUGGGUGUAGAGAUUGCCAAGAAUGUCAUUCUUGGUGGAGUCAAGAGUGUCACGCUGCAUGACCAAGGCUCUGCUGAGUGGCGGGAUCUCUCCUCCCAGUUUUACUUGCGUGAAGAAGACUUGGGAAGGAACCGUGCUGAAGUCAGUCAGCCCCGUUUGGCAGAGCUGAACAGCUACGUCCCUGUGACUGCCUAUACGGGGGCUUUAACAGAGGAGUACCUUACUGAGUUCCAGGUAGUCAUACUGACAGACUCUAACCUUGAGGAGCAGCUGCGUCUCGGGGACCUGUGCCACAGCAAGGGUAUCAAGCUCAUUAUCGCAGAUACGCGUGGCCUGUUUGGUCAGUUGUUUUGUGACUUUGGGGAGGAAAUGAUAGUUUAUGACACCAAUGGAGAGCAGCCGCUCAGUGCCAUGAUCUCAAUGAUCACCAAGGACAGUCAAGGGUUGGUGACAUGUCUGGACGAAGCACGACAUGGCUUUGAGACUGGUGACUAUGUCACCUUCACAGAGGUGCAGGGCAUGACGGAACUCAAUGGUUGCCAGCCCAUAGAGAUCAAAGUUCUUGGCCCUUACACUUUUAGCAUUUGUGAUACAAGCUCCUUCUCUGAAUACAUAAGAGGUGGAAUUGUUUCUCAGGUCAAGAUGCCUAAAAAAAUAGCCUUUAAAUCGCUGUCAGCUUCAAUGGCUGAGCCAGAGUUUGUCCUGACGGACUUUGCAAAGUUUGAUCGCCCCGGUCAAUUGCACGUGGGCUUUCAAGCUUUGCAUGCCUUUGAGAAGAAACACAAGCGUCAGCCAAAGCCUUGGAACCAGUCAGAUGCUGAUGAGCUGGUUUCCAUUGCAAAUGAUGUGAACGCCAACCAGGCUGGUAGUGCCAAGGUGGAACAGCUAGAUGAGGAGCUUCUGAAGAAGCUGACCUAUGUGGCAGCAGGUGACCUGGCCCCUCUCAAUGCCUUCAUUGGAGGACUUGCUGCCCAAGAGGUUAUGAAGGCUUGCACAGGCAAGUUCAUGCCCAUCCGACAGUGGCUCUACUUUGAUGCCAUUGAGUGUCUGCCUGAAACUGAAGGUGCUUUGCUUACUGAGGAGGAUUGUGCUCCGAGGAACUGUCGCUAUGAUGGACAGAUAUCUGUGUUUGGAUGCAAGCUGCAGGACGAGUUGGCCAAGCAGCGAUAUUUCCUGGUGGGAGCAGGUGCAAUUGGAUGUGAGCUGCUGAAGAAUUUUGCCAUGAUGGGCUUGGCCUGUGGAGAUGGGGAGGUCAUUGUCACAGACAUGGACACUAUUGAGAAAUCCAAUCUCAACCGACAGUUCCUCUUCCGACCCUGGGAUGUCACGAAGAUGAAAAGUGAGACAGCAGCCUCUGCAGUGAAGCAGAUGAACCCAUCCAUCCGCAUCACGGGUCAUCAGAACAGAGUUGGACCUGAUACAGAGAAGAUCUACGAUGAUGAGUUCUUUGAGGGCCUUCAUGGUGUAGCCAAUGCUCUGGACAACGUUGAUGCCCGUAUGUAUAUGGACCGAAGAUGUGUGUAUUACCGCAAACCACUCCUGGAGUCUGGCACAUUGGGCACCAAGGGAAAUGUGCAGGUGGUCAUCCCUUUCCUCACAGAGUCCUACAGCUCCAGCCAAGACCCCCCUGAGAAGUCCAUCCCCAUCUGCACACUCAAGAAUUUCCCCAAUGCCAUCGAGCAUACCUUGCAGUGGGCUCGUGAUGAGUUUGAGGGUCUGUUUAAGCAGCCAGCUGAGAAUGCAAUGCAGUACUUGACAGAUCCGAAGUUCAUGGAACGCACGCUGAAGCUGCCAGGGGCUCAACCGUUGGAGGUGCUGGAGGCUGUAUAUAGGAGCCUAGUGACAGACCGCCCCAGCAGCCGGAAGGACUGUGUAGCCUGGGCACGCAACCACUGGCAGGUCCAGUACAGCAACAACAUCCGCCAGCUGUUGCACAACUUCCCUCCAGACCAGCUCACCAGCUCUGGGGCUCCCUUUUGGUCUGGACCAAAGAGGUGUCCUCAUCCUCUAGAGUUCAGCACUAGUAAUGAGUUGCAUAUGGAUUACAUCAUGGCUGCAGCCAAUCUGUUUGCACAGACUUAUGGUUUGGCUGGCUCUACAGAUCGUGCAGCUGUGAUCCGGCUGCUCCAGGAUGUUAAAGUGCCCGUCUUCACACCUAAAUCGGGAGUUAAAAUCCAUGUCUCCGACCAGGAGCUACAGAAUGCUAAUGCUUCUGUGGAUGACUCCAGGCUGGAAGAGCUGAAAUCCUUGCUCCCCACCCCAGAUGUGUCAUCUGAGUUCAAACUGUUCCCUGUUGACUUUGAAAAGGAUGAUGACUCAAAUUUUCAUAUGGACUUCAUCGUAGCAGCUUCCAACCUCAGAGCAGAGAACUAUGACAUCCCCCCUGCAGACAGGCACAAGAGUAAACUUAUAGCUGGCAAGAUUAUCCCGGCCAUUGCCACAACAACAGCAGCAGUGGUGGGUCUGGUGUGCCUGGAGCUUUUGAAAAUUGUGCAAGGACACCGUCGACUGGAGUCCUAUAAGAACGGUUUCAUGAAUCUGGCCUUGCCCUUCUUUGCCUUCUCAGAGCCAAUUGCAGCACCACGUCAUAAGUACUAUGAAAAUGAAUGGACACUUUGGGAUCGCUUUGAAGUGAAAGGUGUACAACCCAACGGAGAGGAGAUGACUCUCAGGCAGUUCCUCGACUACUUCAAGAAUGAACACAAGUUGGAGAUCACAAUGUUAUCCCAAGGCGUGUCCAUGCUGUACUCCUUCUUCAUGCCAGCCGCUAAACUGAAAGAGAGACUUGAUCUGCCGAUGACGGAGAUUGUGACAAAGGUUUCCAAGAAGAAGCUGGGAAAGCACGUUCGAGCUCUGGUGUUUGAACUGUGUUGCAAUGAUGAGACCGAUGAAGAUGUCGAGGUCCCAUACGUCAGAUACACCAUCCACUGAAAGAUGGA